GAACUACAAAAAAUGGAGUCGACUCUUUCGUCUCCUUGUUCUUCGAUUUAAUCUCAUGGGAUAUCUUGACGGCAUUAUCGUCGCCAAAUCGGCCGACGAUGCCGAGUGGUUCCAAUUCGACGCCCUACUUCAAGGAUGGAUGUUUACCGUCUCCGAUGAGGUCUCCGAUCUCGUCCUCGCAAACAGCCCUACCGCCGUGGCACUCUGGAAAGCGAUCUACAAAUUGUUCCAUGACAACAAGCAUGCCCGGGCAAUGCAAUUGGAGCACCGGUUCCGCACCACCGUCAAAGGAACCAAGACAAUAAAUGAAUAUUGUCACACUCUCAAGAACCUAGCCGACUAUCUCGACGAUGUGGAUGCCCCGGUGACCGAACACGCUCUCGUCCUACAAGUUCUUCAAGGAUUGCCGCAUGACAUCCGGGGCCAAGUUCACUUUUUGCAGUAUCAAAACCCGUUUCCAACAUUCCUGGAAGUCCGAUCGGCCCUCCUCUUGGUCGAACAACAGCAGGCCGACGCCCUCCCCAACACCGGUCCGUCCACCGCCCUUCUUAGUCUUGGCGGCGGCAGCAACAUGGUGGGCGGGGGUCAGUCGCGGCAGGGCAGCAGCGGGCAGAACUCCGGGCGGGGCAGUUUCGGCGGAUCAAAUCGGGGCAACUCUGGACAAACUGACGGGAGCCGUGAUUCAUCGAUCCAGUAGUGACGGACACCUCUACGCAUUCUCUCCAGCCUGCCCCCCAGCACAACUUCAUCUCACCAAAGUCGACCUCCCAACAUGGCACCGCCGACUUGGACACCCAAGCCCAGCUAUGCUCCAUGGCAUCUCCCCUGUUUUAGAUAAUAAUAAUAAGUCAAAGUU